AUGUUGUUCAAUGUGGUGGAAGGCGUGUUGGGCAACAUAGCCAAUGACCAAGUUGGGGUGCUUCCAGACUUCACCACCCUUGUUGGGCUCGAGGUCGCCAAUGAGCAACUUGACGAGGGUACUCUUUCCGGAACCGUUGGGACCGAGAAUGGCCACACGGGACGAGAGCGAGACUUGGAGGGUGAUAUCGUAGAGCUGUUGCUUGGCUUGGGUCGGGUACUGGAAGCCAACCUUGCGCAUCUUGAGGAGCGCCUUCUCCUUGGUCUUGACACCAUCGAGGAAUGGUGGGUCGGGGAAGGUAAACUUGUAGUCCUCGGCGGCUUCGAGGGUGUAGUACGACUUGGCCUCUGGGACGGCCUUGACGAACGCCUCGAGGUUACCACGGUACCUCUUGAUCUUGAAGCGGUUGAGGUGGAGGACAUCGGUGAUGUGAGUGAGGCCAGUGAGAUAGCUCUCCAACCAGGCAAUGUUGACAACAUCCAAGUGGUUAGUAGGCUCAUCGAGCAAGAGAAUGUCAGCCUUGAAGAGCAUUGCACGGGCAAGUGCAAGCUUCAUCUUCCAACCACCAGAGAGGGAGCCGAUCGAGUUUCCUUGCCUCUCGUCAUUGAAACCAACAGAGGCGAGGGUGUCAAUGACUUCUUGCCUUUCAGCGAGAAUGCGCUUGUCAGAGAGGAUAAAGUCGAGGAUGGUGGUCGACUCUUCGCUUCCGUCAAUGUCGUGCUCGACGUAGAAAGUGCGGACUUGUUCGGGGGAUGGGAAGCCCUCGACUUGGCCAUUGGUGAUGGCACGCAUGAGCGUGGAUUUACCGGAACCGUUACGGCCGCAGAGACCAUAGCGGUGGCCACGCUUGAGACGGAGGAUAAUAG